UUGGGAUUCCAUUUUGCCACCUAUAGACAGGCUGGGUCUCAUUUUCAUAGCUCUGCCUCCUCCUGCUCAGUCAUAAAGGUUUGCAAGUCUUGAGCUACUGGGACAAUUCUCCCAGAAAAGAGACACAUCAGGAGAAAAGCAAGCUCAUUUGGACUCAAUUUAUGGACGAUUCCGUGAUUGCUGCCACAUUCCUCCAGUCAACAAUUUAGGACACACUGUGUUCCUCUGAGUUUCACAGGUGCUGGGCCCUACAUCAUCCCUUUGGCCUAAACCUGGAGGCCCUGGCACCUGCUGGCUGAGUCAUUAUCUCAGGCAUGGUCUUCAGCAGGAAACCUGUGAUUCAGGGCCUCAAGAAUGGCGUUGGGCAAGCCACCAGACCAGCUGCCUGGGUCUCCUCCUCCUUGUUGAGGUGACAACAGGAAACUUAAACUUGGGCAGCUUGUCCCCAGUACCCAAAUUAUCCUUCCACAUCUUGGACCCCUGUUGUCUGCUCUGCUGGUCCAGACCAGAUGAUUCUCCGGGGCUGGAAGAAACUGGAUUAGGACUUAAAAGAGAAGGCGUCAAGGAUUAGGAAGACCUCUGUGUGAGCAGGAGCAGCCCCAAUCUUUCUAACUUCUGCGGAGAAGCCGCAGCCAGAUGGUGAGAGGAAUGGCCUGGGGGGGGAGCCGGGGGCGGUGGGGGUGCUCGGGAGACCUGGGGUCUGGCUCCAUGCCCCUGGUCCCCAUGCUGCCGCCACCGCCUGCUCCUCCAGGUCGGGGACCUGGGGGAGGGAGGAUCUCUGUCUUCUCUCUGCCCUCUGCUCCCCGCACAAGAAGCUCCCCCUCUUCACUGUUCCCUGUGACCCCUGGCCCCCUGUGCCCGGGGCUGAAGGGGACAGGGGCUUCUCAGACCUGCCACACUACCCUGUCCAUCCCAGCCACCCCCCCCAAAUGGGCACAGCCUAUCUCAAUGCCCAGCUCUGCUUCCCCCUCCUGGGGACCUCAGUCCAUCCCCUCCCUGGCCUCGUCCACCCCCUCCCCCUCACACCGCUGCACCCAGGACCCUGGUGGGCUUCGGAUGGGCCGUCUGGCCUCAGAGCAGGAUUACGAGAGGCUGGAGGACUGUGACCCCAAGGGGUCCCAAGACUCACCCCUCCAUGGGGAGGACCAGCAGCCCCUACUUCACGUGCCCGAAGGGCUUCGGGGCUCCUGGCAUCACAUCCAGAACCUGGACACGUUCUUCACCAAUAUCUACAGCUACCACCAGCGGAACGGCUUCACCUGUAUCCUUCUGGAGGACAUCUUUCAGCUGGGACAGUUCCUUUUCAUCGUCACCUUUACAACCUUCCUCCUUUGCUGCGUGGACUAUGAUGUUCUAUUUGCCAAUCAACCAAACAACCAUACAAGACCCUGGCCAGUCCAACACAAAGUGGCCUUGUCAGAUGCCAUCCUACCCUCUUCGCAGUGUGCAGAGAGGAUCCGUGCCAGUCCCCUGCUGGUCUUCCUCCUCAUCCUGGCUGCCUGCUACUGGCUGUUCCAGCUGCUUCGCUCCCUCCGCAACCUCUUCAGCUACUGGGACAUCCAGGUGUUUUACAGGGAGGCCCUGCACAUCACUCCGGAGGAGCUCAGCUCCGUGCCCUGGGCAGAGGUCCAGUCACGCCUCCUGGAGCUUCAGCGGAGCGGGGGUCUGUGCGUGCAGCCGCGGCCGCUGACCGAACUGGACGUGCACCACCGCAUCCUGCGCUACACCAACUACCAGGUGGCACUGGCCAACAAGGGCCUGCUGCCGGCCCGCUGCCUGCUGCCAUGGGGAGGCAGCGCCGCCUUCCUCAGCCGCGGCCUGGCGCUCAACGUCGAUCUGCUGCUCUUCCGUGGGCCCUUCUCGCUCUUCCGCGGGGGCUGGGAGCUGCCUGACGCCUACAAGCGCGGCGACCAUCGAGGCGCCCUGGCGGCGCGCUGGGGGCGCACGGUUCUGCUGCUGGCCGCUGUGAACAUGGCGCUGAGCCCGGUGGUGCUGGCCUGGCAGGUGUUGCACGCCUUCUAUAGCCAUGCCGAGCUGUUGAGGCGAGAGCCCGGCGCCUUCGGGGCAAGGCGCUGGUCCCGCCUGGCUCGCCUGCAGCUGCGUCACUUCAAUGAGUUGCCACACGAGCUGCGUGCGCGUCUGGCCCGCGCCUACCGCCCCUCCAUCGCCUUCCUGCGUGCCGCCGAGCCCCCCGCACCCCUUCGCGCGCUGCUGGCCCGCCAGCUCCUCUUCUUUGCAGGUGCCCUCUUCGCUGCAUUGCUGCUGCUCACCAUCUACGACGAGGAUGUGCUCACCGUAGAGCAUGUGUUCACCACCAUGACCGCGCUUGGGCUCGCAGUCACCGUGGCCAGGUGUUUCCUCCCGGAGGAGCAGGGUCAGGGGCGCCCCCCGAAGCUCCUGCUGCAGAUGGCCCUGGCCCACAUGCACUACCUCCCCGAGGAGCCUGGCGCCGGUGGCAGAGACACUGACUAUCGGCAGAUGUCCCAGCUGCUGCAGUACCGAGCGGCCUCCCUCCUGGAAGAGCUCCUGUCCCCACUCCUCACUCCGCUGUUUCUGCUCUUCUGGUUCUGGCCUCGAGCCCUGGAGUUUAUUGACUUUUUUCAUCACUUCACUGUGGAUGUGGCUGGUGUUGGGGACAUCUGCUCCUUCGCCCUCAUGGAUGUGAAACGCCAUGGCCACCCUCAGUGGCUCUCAGAGGGACAGACAGAGGCCUCUGUGGCCCAGCGGGCUGAGAAUGGAAAGACUGAGCUCUCCUUGAUGAGGUUUUCGCUGGCACAUCCGCAAUGGCGCCCCCCAGGGGACAGUUCUAAGUUCCUUGGCCACCUUCGGGGCCGGGUACAACAAGAUGCAGCUGCCUGGGGUGCCACCUCAGCUCGCAGCCCCCCAACCCCAGGGGUGCUCAGUGAUUGCACCUCGCCUCUGCAGCCAGAUGCCUUCCUGGCUAACCUCUUGGUGAACCCCAUCUUGCCCCCGAGGGACAUGAGCCCCACAGCCACUUGCCCGGCUGCUGCCACAGCCAGUGUUCUUGCUUCAAUUUCCCGAAUUACCCAGGACCCCAGUUGUGUGUCCCCAGGAGGCACCGGGGGCCAGAAGCUAGCCCAGCUCCCAGAGCUGGCCUCUGCUGAGAUGAGUCUCCAUGCCAUUUACCUGCACCAGCUCCAUCAACAGCAGCAGCAGGAGCUGUGGGAAGAAACCUCGGGCUCCUCCCCAUCCAGGGCCUGGUCCAGCCCCUCACAGCCAGCCUCGCCUGAUGAGGAAAAGCCAUCCUGGUCAAGUGAUGGCUCCAGCCCUGCCUCCAGCCCCAGACAGCAGUGGGGAAAACCGAGGGCCCAGAAUCUGUUCCCUGAAGGGUUUCAGGAGACCAUAGACACCAAGAGGCAGCCCAGACAGGUCUCUGGCACCGAUUGAGACAACACUUCAGGUUCCUGGCUUCUCCAGCCGCAGGAGAUUGGACAGGGUGGUGUACAAGGACACAAGAAGCCAUCUUUACAGGCCUCCCAAAGAUGACAAGCCCAGAAUGCUUUCACUGGACAGGACCUGGGGUUCAUUGAGGAACUCACCUUGGAGAACAGAGAGAGGGAGGCAAUGUCUGUAGCACCGGCAGACACAUCUUAGAGAUGGUCCUCACACUAGAGGUUAAGGAGGGGCCGCCUGCCCACUGGCUAUCUAGAAGUUGCCUGGGAAGUCCCUGAGUAUCCUCAAAGUGGAGGACAGGGCCCAGCAGGAGGCCAAGCUAAGUGUUAGGUAAGUAGGAAAGCACGUGGUCUGAGAGUCAAAGGCUCCAUUCUGCUGACCUCAUGUUCCCAGGGGACUUGAGGGAUGAGGCCUUCCUUGUAAAUGGAAAAAUUAGAGACGGCUAAUGUUUUGGACCUUAUCACUGCUGUGUUAUCUGAGGAAGUGGGCGUGGCUCCUCAUCUUGUGUGAAAGAAGCAGUCAAAAUGGCUCCUGUCUUUGUGCUGGAGCCUCUGCCCCCCCCCCCCCCAGGAGUUGAAGGAUACCACCUGCCUUUUCAAUAAAGCCCGAGGGAACAACACAAGAGAACUGUCUGUGGUUGGCUGGAGACUGUUUUUACAACGCUGGGACAUGUGCAGUGUGUAGGGCAUGAUGUUCAAGAAUUACCAUGCCUACAUCUGUACAAGUUAAAACACAAAACUUGCCUUUUUUUUUUUUUUUUUGGUACUGGGGAUCAAACUCAGAACCUUGCGCUUUCGAGGCAGGCGCCAGAACCACUGAGCUAAAUCCCCGGCCCAAAACUUGCCUUUUGUAAUUGUAAUCCACGGGGGCUGGGUGAGGCAUCUCAUAACAUCUGGCAGUCUCUUGUGGUAAAUCUUCAAUAAUAAAUAUUUAUUUGAAUGGUUUGGA